GCUGGCGGCGCGGCGUGGGGCGCGGACGCGCGCGAGAGGGUGGCGUGGAAGGGUCGCACCGCGACCGCGCACGAGGGCGGACAUCAGUCCACGUUCGAGCGGCCGCCGGUAUGGGCGCUUGGAUGGAUCGGUCGAUGUCGUGUCUCGCCACCCUUCGUCUCAAUCUCGUCUCGUGUUAGGAACUCGCGGUCGCGAGACUGUCAUCCGGCAUCGUCAGGUGUGUCAAGGUGAUCGCGCGAGAGAAAGAGAGAGAGAGAGAGAGAGAGAGAGAGAGAGAGAGAGAGAGAAAGAAAAGGAGAAAAAGGGAUGUCGCACGUGCGGCAAAAGGACGAGCGGAGUGCCGGUCGAGCGAGCAGAAGAGCGUCGUCGUCGUCGUCGUCGUUGUCGUCGUCGUCGUUGUCGUCGUCGUCGUCAUUAGUGCGGUGAACGCGCGGAGUGCCAUCGAGACUCGAUAGGGCUUGCCGAACGAUCAAUAUUUCUCGUCAAUUUGAAUAUCGCCUUUCCGCCGUGAUCCGUCAGAUCGAGCCGGUUGCCGAUCUCGCGCAAUCUGUUCCACGUCGGGAGUUUACGUGCGGCGAUUCUGCGAGGCUUAGCUGCGAGGAUCGCGACCGGUCGAUCCGCGUUAAAGUCUCCACGUGGUGUCGGUGCGACGAUAAAUAGACUCGCGACUACCUAUCGUUCACACUUAUCGGCAAGUAUUUUAUUUUCCGAAGCGCUCGAUCGAGGUCGCAGCAGCUGUGAGAUCGGACCUAUUGUCACCGAUAUCGCGCGGCGCGGCUAAUAAAUAUUGAUCGCUCGAGGCUCACACGAGAAAAGUCUCCUCCGAGAGGAGGAUCGAAUAUCUGUGAUGACUGCUGACUCCCGCCGGUGUGCACGUUCGUCCGUCGUUACUUGAGCUCGGGACGCAACUUGCGAGAUAAAGAUCGACGACGACGACGGUGGCUCGUAAUGCAACGGAUCGUGAUAUGCGCCGAGUUUCUGCCUCUACCGUGAGAGACCAUCGCGUCAAGUGAGAUCGUGUGACGAGCCUUUUACGCGCGCGCGCGCGCGCGCGCGACUGCACAAAGCUGGACAGACAGGAAAAUGGUGAACAACAAGUGGGAACAACAACGAGCAGUCGCGACGAGACGAGGCAAGGCUACGCCGAAGUCGUGACCGUCGUGCGCGCUUCAGCCUAAGGUCAUGGCCAAAGGCAUCGUCAAGAACAACGCUGGAUGUCCUCUGCACUGGGUCGACGAUUCCGCCGGGCAGCCCAGGCAUCUUUUCCAAGCGGCCGCCCUCUACCUGACAGUGCUAGCCGCCUUAUGGUGCAUCCCCACAUGCCUCUAUCACCGAAUCUCCGAGACCGGGCAAGCGGUGGUGCUGACGCUGGUAGACACCGCGGCGGCGGAGCUGCAGAGCCUGGCUGAGCCGAAGAUCAACCGCGAGUUGUCUUCGAGCCCAUCCGCGAAGAAUUCGACCUUGCUGAGCGGACAGCCCGAGCUGAAGGAGCAGUUGCCGACGACGCAGAUCCCGCCGCCGCCGACCGUUGAGGACACCACCGAACGGCCGAACGACACCGAGGUCGAGCACGAGGACGAGGUGCUGCUGCUGAAGAAGAUCUCCGACGAGCCGCCGGAAGUCGUGGUGAUCGUCCGGGCCGAGCAGAAGAUCAACGCCAACGACGUAGAGCUGAGGGAGGACGAUGAGAUCGGCCAUGUGAUACUCGAAGAGCCGGUGCCCAAGGUUGACGACACCUUCACCACGGCGCCGGAAUUGAACGACACGGCAGCCCGGGCGCAAUUGGUCGGCGGCAGCAGGGACGAGACCGCAGCCGUCAUAUUGGACGGCCUCGUCUCCUCGGGCCCUACCGAUCCGCACGAGGAUAUACCGUCCUUCAGCGAGUGGGCGCAGAAGCGCCUCGAGGAGGCGGAGAAGAAGAAGACUCAUCCAAACGCCUCCGUGCAGACACCGGGUGGCCCAGGGCGAGGUGUGAGCGGCAUGAAGGUACGUUCCAAAAACUACGCCUCGCCCGACUGCGGUGCCAAGAUCGUGGCGGUGAAUCCUGAGGCGCGCGGUGCCAAAAACGUUCUAGUGUCCACCAGGGACGAGUAUAUGCUGAACGCAUGUACGUCGCGCGUCUGGUUCGUGGUGGAGCUCUGCGAAGCGAUCCAGGCGAAGAAAAUCGAACUGGCGAACUUCGAACUCUUCAGCUCGUCGCCGAAGGACUUCUCCGUUUACGUGAGCGACCGCUUCCCCACGAGAGACUGGAGUCCGGUCGGUCAGUUCACGGCUAAGGAUGUGAAGGACGUUCAGAGCUUCGCGCUGCACCCUCACUUCUUCGGCAAGUUCAUCAAGGUCGAGCUGCAAUCGCAUUACGGCUCCGAGCACUUCUGUCCCGUCUCGUUGUUUCGGGCUUACGGCACCAGCGAGUUCGAAGUGUUGGAAACCGAGACGGAGGAUCAGAUCCUGCAAGAAGCGAACGCGAACGAGGACGACGAUGACGACAGCGACGAGGAGGAGCCAUUGGAUACCGAAGGUGGCGAUCCGUCGAGGAAUCUCUUCGGUAGCGCGAGGGAUGCCGUGCUGAGUAUCGUGAAGAAGGCUGCGGAGGUCCUGGUGAAAUCCAGCGAUCUCAGCGGAAACAAUAUUACGGAAAUUCAGCAUAGCAUCGAUGGUGGUAACAUCUUGGACAAUUCGUACACGAGUUGUAUGACGCCCAGGUACACGAUCCUCUGCGGCAACUGCACUGACCAGAAGUUCGCCAGCGUUUUCCAGCUGGUCAGCUGCAGGGAUCGCCAUUUGGACGGUUUACUGAAGAUUGACCUGGUGAACAGAACUUUGAGGCGGGGCAAGCUCUGCGGCCUUCACGGUGUAGAGAUAGACUCGUUCUGUCAGAAGCAAGAGGAAAAGUUCGCAGGAGACGAUCGAGGGAAACGCGACGACGCAACGCAUUUCGACCUGGCGCAAGAUCUUCAAACAUCCUUUUUAGCGUCCGUCUUCAAGCCGGAGUACAUCGUGGCGUUGUGCAACGUUCUGGCGACGAAGGAGCGCAAAGUGGUGAUGAACACGAGCUACGAGAUCUCGGCGAACGCUUCCGAGGACGUCGUCAAGGAGGACAUUCAUCUGUCCACCAAGGACACCGAUCAGAGCAACGAGGGCAUCUCGCAUCAUCAAGUGUCCGCCACAUGCACUCUGGACGCGAACUCAGCCGUGUGCAAGACGGCGCCUUCCAGAGAUAACCGACGGCGCGCCGCGCAGGACAUCAACGAGGAAACGGAGAACAUCAGCAUGACGACUAUAGAGUCCACCAUCAGCACGGAGAGCUUGGCCUCGCAGAUCAAGCCUACGAAGACGCUUAGCAAGGAGGACCUGCGCAAGGAGUCUUCCGUGCCGAUUCUCGAGCCUAGCAAAGAACCCACGGAAGAGACGUUGCAGGCGGAAGCAUUGACGACCGUCGCCCCGUCAUUGAAUCUACCUACACCGACCUUGAAGAUCGCCGAGGACCUGCCGCCGAUCACCGGUACUUCCGUCGAGAUAGUGUCGCAAACCGUGACCAACAUCCCGCCGAUUAACGUUGAUGGUCAAGAGACCGGCGACAUUCCCGUGGCCGACACGGACAGCGCCGAGAUGGGUGCGCAGGUUAAAACGGAGAGGUCGGAGAAUGGCGAGCAAGACGGAAAACAGCCGAAAGAUCUGAGCGAGCAGGAAGUGAAAUUGUCGUCGCAGGAUCACCUCACGCUGGAUACGCUGUUUUCCGACCUGAAGGAUUUCGAAGGCGACGCGGCUAAUAUGCAGAACGGCGCGUCCAGCGCGUCGUCGAUGACUCAGCCUACGGCGAGCACAGCCCCUCAAAAGGAGUCUGUCUUUCUCAGAUUGUCCAAUAGAAUCAAGGCUCUGGAAAGAAACAUGUCGCUCAGCGGACAGUACCUGGAAGAAUUGAGUCGUCGUUACAAGAAGCAAGUCGAGGAGAUGCAGCGCUCGUUCGAGCGCGCGGUGUCCGCGAUGAGCGAGGAGUCUCGGAAGGGUGAGGAACGCGAGGCGAAGAGAGUGGAGGAGAUUGCCGUUUUGCGGGAGGAAAUCGCCGUGUUGUCCAAGUCGGUCCAGACUCUCCUCCACGAUCAGGACAGCUGGCAGAGCCGGAUAUCGGCGGUCGGCCAGCACGCCUUGUUGAUAUGGUUCGAAGUCGUAGUUAUUACUCUGUUUCUCUCCUACUGCCGCCGGACAAGCGACUUGGACGAGGACGAGAAGGUCCAGUCGAAGGACGCGAAAACGGAAGGCACACGUCGGAAGAGCGCAGAGAACUUCGGUUCCCACGACGCGGCGAAGAAGACGAAGAAACGGCGAUCUAGCGAGAUCGCGUCUCACAUCAACAGCACGUACCAUGAGCUGAUGAUCGACGAGCGAUGCCAUGAGACGAAGAAAGAGCGCAAGAAGAAGCGCAAGAGGGAAGCAGUCGCCGCCGGAGCUAGACUAACAGCGAACGCCGACACGAGGCCAGAAGCGACACGCCAGAAGAGCGUGUUGAACGUUAUGCCCGGCGGCACGACGUUACCGUCGAGAAGAGCAUCGUCCAUCGAUCCUCCGCGCUCCAAGGAGUCGCAGGAAGCGUCUGGCAAGAGGCCAGAGUCCGCGCCUGAGACCAGCAGCAGCUGGUUCGACGAUCAGAUGGAGAGUAUAAUAGAACGAACCGCGCAACCUGCGAUGCGUCUUAGGAUGGAGCCCAACCGGAACGGCAGUUCCGAACUCAGCCACCAUGGCGACGAGUUCAGCGAGUCAAACUCGUCGUCAGGGGCUGUGGAUCGGUCCCUCGAAGGCUCGGUCACGAGCGAGCGAAGGAUCGACGUGCCGAAGAACAGCUCGUUCAGGACCGGCGGCAUUCUCAAGAGCGCCAAGCUCAGUUCGCCCUCCUUCAUGAAGACUGCCUUGGGUACGAGGAGUAAACGGAGACUGUUGUCGAACAGAGAACGCUGGGAUUGGAACCAAGACUCGGAACAUUCGAACAACAUAUCUGCCCCAUCCACACCGACGGGCCCGUCGCCGCGGAUCAACGACAGCGCGAACGGUAGCGCCGCGCACGGCUUGAUCGAGGAGAGCGACGAGUCGAGGAGCAGCAGCGCGACACGCACGUCCAGCAAAAAAGAGAAGAAGAGUACCGGUCUAAGGAAAAUGGUGAGAAAGUUUUUCUGAUUGAAGUAGACCCGCCAGAAAUACAGGCUCAACUGGACCACCGAUAUUCAUAUCGAAUCGGUCGCCAUGUAGACUGCGCAAUUAGGCUUUACUCAUUGAGCUGAGGCGAUCGAUUCGAGCGAGAAACGCCAAGUUAGAAGGUCGAGCACAAAGCGCGGAGCUCAAGCCGGAGGGAAAGAUCAGCUCAGUCGAGUAAGUAAACGCGUAAGCGGACGCAUGAAUGCUCGCGCUCAGUGGAAUCCAAAGCUCCCGACGAAUGGAGCUGACGUAAACUUUCUCGUGAAACGACGAGUUAUGAUUAUAUAAGGUCGAAGGCUACAUAUAACAUGAAGAGAGGACGGGGCUCGAAUCUUGGAGAAUCGCGGAGAAGCGUGUCUCUUGAGAUCCGCUUGCGUUUUCCUGCAUCCUCAACCGAAAGUAAUGUACGUAAAAUUGCCAAACGUUGCAAAUAAUGACGGAGACAAUUCGUGUGGCCUCCAAACUCUCGAGAGACCAGUCCCGUCGUGUUUAUUUUA